AUGUCUGCCAAGCUGUUCGAGACCAACAAAACCAAUCGAGUGUGCAGCCCAUGUCCAGUUGGCUGGGCGCCUCAGGGACAGAAAUGUUUCCUGUUCAGUCAGGACAGGGCCGACUGGAUCAGCAGCCAGUACCGCUGCAUGUCACUGGGGGGCGCUGUAGCCAUGGUCAGGACAGAGGAGGAACAGGUGUUUCUGUGGAAAAAGGCCCAGAGUCUGAGCCAGGAAGACUCGUACUGGCUCGGCCUAAGGAGCGGUGACGGUGGUUGGCAGUGGAGUGACGGCUCCCCGGUGGAGAGGGGACCGGGGUUUUGGGAGCGUGAGCCCGAUAAAAAAGACAGCAGCGAGCUGUGCGGUCGACUCACCCCGGGGGACGACUACAGGAGGAGCUGGUUCACCUACAGAUGCUCCAACCAGCUGAGGAGGAUCUGUGAGCGGAGACAAGCUGCUCUGCAGUGACACAAGAGGAGACAGAAAAUAUUACAAAGACGCAAAGCAACACCAGAUUAGUGUGAAGCAAAGUGUGCAGCUGACUUUUACGUGCUAUUAAUUUAAAUCAUUUAGUUGUGCUAAUUACAAUAAUGAU